CUCCAGUCCUUCCACUCCCAGGUGUUCCUGCAGCAGGUCAAGCUCCACUCAGACUGGAAGGUCUUUGGGAAACAGCCUCAGUUUCUGUGCCACAGAGGAGCUGUUGAGCAAAGCUUCUUACUGAUUGACAAGCCCGCUGGUUUAGCCGUGGAUAACGUUGCACCCCCAAAGAAAGAAGGACUGGAUCACCUGAGCUACAGAGAGGAGAAGUCAGAUAAGGACAAAGACGUAGCAGCAGGACACGGCUCUCCCCCUGCAGCAGAGGCGAUGCUUAACGGCGCAGAAAGCGACAAUGGGAGGCACACGGACCUGACGAUAAGCAGCACUAAGGCUCUGCCGUUGGUGAAUGAAAAUGGCUCCGCAGAGGCGGAGACUCCACAUGGAUCUGUAACUGGAAGCAAUGGGUUCAUUCUCGAUAAGGAGCAGCAGCAGCAGGACACGAACGCUGCAGUGACGCCCGAUUCAGGAGCUUCCCCUCUCAGGACUAACAGGCUGCCUUCGGGCUCGCCGACAGGGGGACAAACAGCCAAACCUCUGCUCACCUCAGCAUCAGGGUGUGCGCAGAGCUCAGGUGCUUUAAGGACUGCCCCCAGUACGGGGAAUCUGUCAGGACAGGGGACAUCGGACUCUAAAAAUGGAUUUGCUUCAAGUUCUGUCACAAUUCCACCACCUGUUACUGUACACAGAGCCCGGAAGACCAUGUCCAGACCUGCAGUCAGCCCGGCACAGAAGCUUAUUAACAGGGAGUUGAAACAAGCAAACAGUGCCAAGUUGGAGUCUCCAGUCGCGCCAGAUGUGCAGAAAUCCUCUCAGCCGUCGCCUGCGUCGAACCAUCUACCUCAGAGUCCACCAGAAACGCCAGCUUCAGCGCACACUGCUUCAUCAGUUUCACCAGCAGCUCCCACAGAGCCUGCAGCUCCCUCGGCUUCUUCAGCUCCUGCUAAGUUUCCCCUAGGACCCUACUCAUUAGGCCUUUCAUCCCGUAAGAAGAAGAGGAGGAUGGGAACAUACAGCCUGGUUCCCAAGAAGAAAACCAAAGUGCUAAAGCAGAGAACCAUGCUGGAAAUGUUUACACAGCUACAACAGUCAACAAAGACCCAACAGGAACCUUCAAAUAAAUCUCCUAUCUUCCAGAAAAAUGAGGCGACUAACAUAAAUGGGGAGAAAGUGGUGAAUGCAUCCGAGGAGGAUGAGUCUGAGGAGAUGGAGUCUGAAGAGGAGAUGAGACAACAGCCUGCAGAACAAGCCCUCCCAGCUGAUAAAGACACCUCUGAAUCCGCCGAUCAGGCGAAAGAUGAGCAUGAAUCUGAAGACUCUGAUGCAGAAGAAGGGGAGGAGGAGGGCACAGAGUCUGAUUUGAGCUUCGAGUCCAGCCUGAAGAAGAAGCUGAAAAAGAAAUCAAAAGUAGACAGCGCAUGGCUAAGACCGUCCAGGAAGAGGAAAAGAAGGAUGACCCCCAAAGAACCAGAGACGGAUGUUUUGCCCCAGACCUCCAGUCAGGAAUACACACAGAUCCUUCCAUCAGAGGGUGUCGACCUCAGCAAGUCUUCAGACAGUAAAGAGCCUUCGGGGUCAGCGAUCGAGGAGGCUCAGGAGCUUCCGCUCUGCAGCUGCCGAAUGGAGACUCCAAAGAGCAGAGAGAUUCUCAUCCUGGCAGACAGGAAGUGCAUGGCCACAGAGAGCGUGGACGGGCAGUUAACCCGCUGCCAAAGUGCCGUCCUAAAGCACGAGAUGAUGCGUCCGUCCAACUCUGUUCAGCUGCUGGUUCUAUGCGAGGACCACCGCAGCGGCAUGGUGAAGCACCAGUGCUGCCCCGGGUGUGGCUUCUUCUGCAGAGCGGGGACGUUCAUGGAAUGCCAACCGGACGUCAGCAUCUCUCACCGUUUCCAUCGAGCGUGUGCGUCAAUGCUUAAAGGUCAAAGCUUCUGUCCGCACUGCGGAGAAGAGGCAGGCAAGGCCAAGGAAGUCACCAUCGCCAAGGCCGACACCACAUCCACCGUUCCUCCAGCACAGGCAAAGGGGCCAGCCGCCCUGGGGGCCCCUGAGGGCCGAGCAGACACGACCACUGGCAGCUCUUCAUGUUUGGCUCCCGUUGCUGAAGUCACCGGCAGAGCCGACAGUUCGCUCCCUGUCGAGAAAAUCAACGAGUCGGCUGUUCCAGAGUCAUCCAGGCAAUCAUCUUUGCAGCCUGGAGUUGGAACCACAGCACCACCUACACUCCCCCUGGGAACAACAAAAGAAACUCUAGAGAGCGUCCUGGUCGCCCUUGAUGCAGAAAAACCCAAGAAGCUGCGUUUUCACCCCAAGCAGCUUUACCUCUCAGCCAAACAGGGAGAACUGAAGAAGGUGGUCCUCAUGCUGGUGGAGGGAACAGACCCAAACUUUAAGAUGGACUCUCAGAACAAACGCACGCCGCUCCAUGCUGCAGCUGAGGAAGGUUACGCCGACAUCUGCCACAUGCUGGUUCAGGCCGGAGCAAACUUGGACAUGUGUGAUGAAGAUCAGAGGACUCCGCUGAUGGAGGCCUGCGAGAAUAACCACAUGGAGGUGGUGCUGUACCUGCUGAGAGCCGGAGCCUCUGCCAUGCACAAGGACGUUGAAGGGUUCACAUGUCUCCACCUAGCGGCAAAGUCUGGACAUUACAACAUUGUAGAGCACCUUCUGUCUACAGGACUGAUUGACAUAAACUGUCAGGACGAUGGUGGUUGGACGGCCAUGAUCUGGGCCACGGAGUACAAACAUGUGGACCAGGUGAAGCUGCUUUUGUCCAAAGGAGCUGACAUCAGCAUCAGGGAUAAGGAGAAAAAUAUUUGCCUUCACUGGGCAGCAUUCUCUGGCAGCGUUGAGAUCUCUGAGCUGCUCCUGAACGCCCACUGUGAUCUUCACGCUGUCAACAUCCAUGGAGACUCUCCUCUGCACAUCGCUGCCCGGGAAAACCGCCUGGAUUGUGUCAAACUGUUCUUGUCUCGUGGAGCUAAUGUGUUUCUGAAGAACCGUGAGGGUGAAACUCCUCCAGACUGCUGCAGCCACAACUCCAAGGCCUGGGGAGCCUUGCAGGCCAACAAGAGGGAGAGGGACGCCAAAAACGGCAGGCUCAGACGGAAUGAGGAGAAACUCCUUCACAGUGACAUAUCUUUAGGCCAAGAGCAGGUUUCCAUUCCUUGUGUCAACACUGUGGACAGCGAACCCCUUCCAGAUGACUAUAAAUACAUCACAGAAAACUGCGUCACAUCCCCCCUGAAUAUCGACCGGAACAUCACACACCUGCAGUACUGCAUUUGUAAGGAAGACUGUUCUACGAGUAUUUGCAUGUGUGGACAGCUCAGUCUGCGCCGCUGGUACGACAAGAGGGGCUGCCUUCUGCCUGAGUUCUGCUGUGAGGAGCCUCCUCUCAUCUUUGAGUGUAACCAUGCUUGUUCCUGCUGGAGAACCUGCAAGAACCGCGUCGUACAAAACGGACUCAGAACCAGACUGCAGGUGUUCAGAACCAGUAAAAAAGGCUGGGGUGUUCGGGCUCUGCAGGACAUACCACAGGGGAGCUUUGUUUGCGAGUAUGUUGGUGAGAUUAUCUCAGAGGGUGAAGCAGAUAUGAGACAAAACGAUGCUUACCUGUUCAGUCUGGAUGAUAAGCCUGAGGAUCAGUACUGCAUCGAUGCCCGUUUCUAUGGAAACAUCAGCCGCUUCCUGAACCACAUGUGUGAGCCCAACCUGUUCGCCUGCCGAGUCUUCACAACACACCAGGACCUUCGGUUCCCACACAUCGCCUUCUUUGCCAGUGAAAACAUCAAGGCUGGAGAAGAGCUCGGGUUUAACUACGGCGACCACUUCUGGGAGGUCAAAGGCAAGCUGUUGAGCUGCGAAUGCGGCUCCUCGAAGUGUAAGUACUCAUCGGUUGCCAGGGAGUCACUGCAGGCGGACAGCACACCAGAGGACCAGCAGCAGCCCAGCGCAUUGCCCGACACUAGCUCGUCCAGCGGCACCUCCUAAAAAUGGACCUGACACUGAGUCUGGUUUCACGGGGACGAAGACGAGACGGGUCCUCCCGGCUCACGUUGAACUUUUCUGAGUGAAAUCGUACUGUAUCUCCUCUUUCCAUCAUUACCAAGGACCAUUCUUCUAAAAACUGUAAAACUUUCUGAUCCAGAUGCACAAUCGAACCCUGGAACUGCUUCUUCUCUUCGUGUGUCAUGUGAAAAAGAUGAGGGACGCGGGGGA